UGACGAUGAGAUGACAGGUAAAGUCAACACACGAGAGAGAGAGAGAGAGAGAGAGAGAGCGGAAGAGAAGGGAAUAGAAGAGAUCGCCAGUUAUUAGAGUUGAGUAUGGAGUCUCCGUUCAAGGAGGACGCGCUGAAGGGGAAAGUGGCCCUGCUGACGGGCGGAGGCUCCGGGAUAGGCUUCGAGAUAGCCCUCCAGCUGGGCAACCACGGGGCCUCUGUCGCCAUCAUGGGCCGCCGCAAGAACGUCCUUGACUCCGCCGUGGCCUCUCUCCAUUACCAUGGCAUCCCCUGUAUUGGACUAGAGGGAGAUGUUCGUAAGAAAGAAGAUGCAGUUAGAGUCGUGGAAUCGACUGCGAAGCAUUUUGGAAGGCUCGACAUCCUCGUGAAUGCUGCAGCCGGCAAUUUCCUUGUGGCUGCAGAGGAUUUAUCCCCCAAUGGCUUCAGAACAGUUAUGGAAAUAGACUCCGUUGGCACUUUCACGAUGUGCCACGAAGCACUCAAAUAUCUGAAGAAAGGGGGACUGGGGAAGGAGCCAUCUUGUGGAGGAACAAUCAUAAACAUAAGCGCGACAUUGCAUUAUACAGCUUCUUGGUACCAAAUCCAUGUAUCGGCUGCAAAGGCCGCAGUUGAUAGCAUUACAAGAAGCUUGGCUCUCGAGUGGGGGACGGACUAUGACAUAACAGUUAAUGGAAUCGCUCCGGGGCCUAUAAAGGACACUGCAGGUCUCAGCAAGCUCAAGCCUGAAGAGAUCUCGAGCACGUUCGAGAAAAUGCCUCUCUACAAGCUAGGGGACAAGUGGGAUAUUGCAAUGGCAGCUAUUUAUCUUGCAUCUGAUUCAGGGAAACACGUCAACGGAAUGACAUUGCUUGUCGAUGGAGGGCAAUGGCUUAGCAGUCCUCGACAUAUGCCAAAUGAGGUGGUAAAGCAACAAGCAAGGGCAGUGGAGAGGCAGUCUAGAAAUUCUGCAGUUGGUAUUCCUAACAGCAAGAUGUAGCCUUGUCUAUUUCAUGAUGACUUUAUAUAAUUCCACGUACGGUUGUUGUUUGUUCAAAAAAAGACGUACUAAUAAUCCGGUUCUGUUGCUGAUUGAGAAACAAAGUUCGAUGAUGAAACAAUCGUGUAGCUAUAUCAUAUUUAUGUUAGUAAUUUUCUUCUUCUCCUGAA